GAGAUAGUGAAGGGGGUAAGAAAGUGGUGUGCAUAAUUGGGCUGAAAAGCUGUGUGAUAUCUUGAAGGAAUACACGGAUAAGGGAUAAAUGAACAGUGCAACGUGGGUGAAACCGAGGCAGGUUGAAGAUAGAUUAGGUUGUAGAAGUGAAGCGCACAGUGCAGAGAGUGCAAAACCAAAAGCAAUUGUUCGUGGCACAAAGAAAGGGUGACCCAUCGUGUAUUUGUAUCCACCGGGCCAGGCAGAGAGACCCAUUUCUUGUGGACCCUCUGUCAACCUUUAUAAGUGUUAUAUGACUCAUUCAGAAGUGACUCUCAAAAUUAAACACCAUGCCUCAUCAAUUUUCUCCCUUCCAAACUCAACAGAAGACUUCUCUCACGUCUUGUCUUACCUCAAUCUUUUCUUCCCACAAGUAAUCUUAUUUAAUAACCCCCAACACUUCACCUAAUAGAAAUUCAAACUUUAGUUUGCUACAUUGUGAGAGAUUAUAGUUCCAGCUGCUUAUCUAAGGUUUAGUUCAUUAAGAGAUCUUAGACCCAUCUACACUUGUUGGUUAACUCAAUCUUUCAUAUCUUACUUUUCUACAUAUGGACAAAUCUGGAAUCAGCUUAGUUUUUUGACAGUCCAGUACGCGCUAAAACCUCUUACAAUGAGAGUUUCUGCACGCAAUGAUAAUUCUGGGAAGGAGAGCAGGUCGACCUCGCCGUUAUCACCGUCGGAGGAGGCGCCGCCGUCAGAGUCCAAACCGGAGAAGCGCAACCGGGACUCGAACAAGCACCCGGUGUACCGAGGUGUGCGCAUGAGGAACUGGGGAAAAUGGGUGUCGGAAAUCCGAGAGCCGCGGAAGAAAUCGAGAAUAUGGCUGGGGACAUUCCCCACGCCGGAAAUGGCGGCGAGGGCGCAUGACGUUGCAGCACUGAGCAUAAAGGGGAACAGCGCCAUCCUCAACUUCCCCGAACUCGCCGCCUCGCUUCCGCGUCCCGUGUCGUUGGCCCCUCGCGACGUGCAAGCCGCAGCGGCCAAAGCGGCUCACACAGACUUCCGUCCUUCGUCCACGUCAUUAUCAUCAUCAACAUCAUCGUUGGUGUCAACAACUUCCUCCUCCUCGUCGUUAUCCUCGUCGGUUUCAACUGCGGACUUGUCCGCUGAGUCGGAGGAACUGAGCCAGAUCAUCGAGUUGCCGAGGUUGGAAACGAGUUACGAGUUGGGAAAGGAGUUUGUGUUCGCAGACUCGCAGGACACGUGGAUGUAUCAGCCGCCGAUACCUUGGUUGCAAACCACGUACGAUGCUUCUCAAGCCGACGAUGAUAUUGUAGUGGCAGAGACUGGGCUUGUCAAUAGCUUUAAGAGUUUUCUGUGGGAUUACUGAUAUGAUUUUUUUAUCUGUUUCUGUUUUUUAUGCGUUUGACAAACUUUAAGUGGAAUGUUGAAGUGUCUUUGUUCUAAUUUUUAAUUGAAAUUGAGUGUUCCGUCUGAAUGAUAUGAUGUAU